AUGGCAGCGCAAUUCUUGCUAUUAUUGUCUAGACAAGGAAAAGUAAGAUUAUCGAAGUGGUAUCAAACUAUUUCUCAAAAAGAAAAGUCCAAAAUUACCAGAGAAUUGACAACAUUAAUCUUAUCAAGACGAGCCAAAAUGUGCAAUGUGUUAGAAUAUAAGGAUAUAAAGAUUGUCUAUCGUCGUUAUGCUUCGUUAUUUUUUAUAGUGGGUAUUGAGUCUGGCGAUAAUGAAUUAUUGUCCUUGGAAAUUAUACAUAGGUUUGUUGAACAAAUGGAUAAAGUAUAUGGUAAUGUUUGUGAAUUGGACAUUAUUUUUGGAUUUGACAAAGCUUACCAUAUUCUUGAUGAAUUGCUCCUAGAUGGAUACAUACAAGAGUCUUCUAAGAGAGAAGUGUUGAAAAGAGUUGCACAACAAGACGAAUUGGAAAACAUGGAUGAGUUUGACAAGAUACUAGCAUAG